UAUUUGGGAACUUGAUAACUUCAUUUCUGCAUUGUGUAAAAAAAAUUCCUUUCACUUUUAUGAAUUUCUGUUUAUUGGAAUGCGUGUUUUUAUUUUUGUUUAAAAAUGAAUUUUCCCAUACUAAAAAAUGAUCUUAUAUUACGAGUUGCUAGAGGUGAAGAAGUAGAUAGGAUUCCCAUAUGGGUAAUGCGGCAAGCUGGACGUUAUCUUCCCGAGUUUAGAGAGUUACGGUCGCGUCAUGAUUUUUUUACAAUUUGCCGGACACCUGAACUGGCUUGUGAGGUUACCCUUCAACCUAUAAAAAGAUUUAAUUUAGAUGCUUCCAUUAUAUUCAGUGAUAUUUUAGUAAUUGUCCAAGCAUUAGGAAUGGAUGUAGAAAUGCAGCCUAGUGUGGGUCCAGUCAUAUCUGACCCUUUAAAGGAACCAUGUGAUCUAGCUAAACUAAAAGAAAAUGUUGAUGUACACAGUGAAUUGGGAUAUGUUUUUGAAGCCAUUACUCUUACGAGGCAUAGACUUAAUGGUCAAGUACCUUUAAUAGGAUUUAGUGGAGCUCCUUGGACAUUAAUGUGUUAUAUGAUAGAAGGAGGAGGAUCUAAAACAAUGUCCAAAUCAAAGAAAUGGCUCUAUAAGUAUCCAGAAGAAAGUAAACAACUACUUCAAAAACUAACUGAUGUUAUUAUAAAAUAUAUGGUAGAACAAGUCAAAGCUGGCGCUCAAAUGCUACAAAUUUUUGAAUCUAAUGCAGAGUAUUUAAAUUUAGAACUUUUUAAUAGGUUUAGUGGUCCAUACUUAUCAGCUAUUUGUACAGGAAUAAAAAAUGAAUUAAAAGAUCAAAGUGUACCUAUGAUCGUGUUUGCUAAAGGUGGUCAUUAUGCAUUGAGAGAACUGUCGAGUUUUGGUUAUGAAGUUAUUGGUUUAGAUUGGACUAUUGAUCCAAUUCAAGCAAGACAAAUUGUUGGUGAUAAUGUCACGUUACAAGGGAAUUUGGACCCUUGUGCUUUGUAUGGAUCACCAAAUCAAAUAAAAGAGAUGGUUCAUGAUAUGAAAUUAAAAUUUACAAAACAAAGGUAUAUUGCUAAUUUAGGUCAUGGUAUAUAUCCAGAUGUUGAUCCACAACAUUUAAGAGCAAUGAUUGAUGCUAUACAUGAAUGAUAAUUUAAAAAAAUUUUUUUUAAUUUACAUAUUUAUUAUAUUUAAUUAGAUUUUAUAGUAUGGAAUUGGUCAUAAAAAUGUAUGUUAAUUAUUUGGUAAUAUUGUGUUUUCAAUAAAAAAUUGUUAUAAUAUAAA